AUGCAGAAGGUCGCCGGCGUCACAUAUGUGACCUACACUGACGACAUGAUCAAGAAGCUCAACAAGGACAACUGGUCCAAGCCCGAGCCGUACCCCACGUCUGAUCUGCUCUCCAGCCCGUUCUCGAACAACUCGGCUCACCUCGCCCUCCUUGCAUCAUCAUCAUCAUCACCACCAUAUCUCACCUACUUCACCUAUCUCCACCUCACUCCAGCAUCAGGACACCAUGUCCUCGUCUAA